CGCGCAUCAUAAGAUCAUAAAUGCCCCUUUUUUCAACUCACUCUUGACAGUUGACUCUGCUUUAGAUCUGAAUUUUAUUUUUCGUUCUCCCUUUGAAAUUAAAAUAUAAUGUAAGGGAUACUCCUUCAGAGCUGCUGAGGAUUGGCUUUUGUUUUCGAUUCGCGAAUUCUGACCAUUCAUGUUGGCUUUAGAAAAGCAAAUAACCAGAAGCAAACGGUCCCCUAUGGCCCUAUCCUAUCCGCAGAAGUUAAGCGGGAGAGAGGAGACUGAAUGAACAGUAAAGAAAUGGAAAUACUUUAUCUCUUGUGCUCCAUCUUCUCUACUCUCCUCACUUCUCUCCUUCUCUCUAUCCUCCUUCCCUUUCAGACCUUUCUGCGUCGGUUCCGGCAUUCUUCCUCUGCCACUGCUCUAUCUCCGCCCGUUUCUCUCUACCAAGGCACUGUCUGGCACCAACGCCGGCGUCCCGUCCACCACUCCUUCCACUACAAUGUUCGCUACGCCCUCUUUGACCUUGACCAUUCCCCUCACCCGCCGCCCGAUCACCUCUCUGCAGAUGAAGCCCGCCAAAUUACAGAUACCACUGGCCCCAUUUUGCUCUUGACAAUACCUCCGAGUGUGGGAUAUGACCAAAAUCCCCUGAGUUUGUAUUAUUGUUAUGAUGUUGAAGGUUCUUCUAGACGUUUGAAGAAGUGCAUUGCUGAGGUUACCAACACGCCAUGGGGGGAGAGGGUAUCUUUUAUUUUUAAUCCCGAGUCUGAUCUGGUGGCCAAAGCCUUACAUGUCAGUCCAUUUAUGGAUAUGCUUGGAAGUUGGAAGAUUAGAGCAAGUGAUCCUGGAGACUAUUUAACUGUCGCAAUCUCAGUUCAUCACCCAGAGCUUGGGUGCUACUUUACGGCCUCUCUAAAAGCCAAAAAAUUGGGCUCAUUAUCGGAGCCUGAUCAUUCAGUUUUCUUCUGGCUGAUGCCUCAUAAAGUUGCAGUGUGGAUAUAUUGGCAUGCCCUGAAACUGUGGUGGAAAAAUGUGCGGUUUGUCCAGCACCCUCGGUAUACGGAUCCCAGAUACAGGGAAGAAGCUUUAAUGCGUGACCAAAAACUUCAAUGCUGUGGCACAGUGGUAUCUAAUGGUGAAAAUGAACACAUUCAACAAAGAGGAACAGACCAGGGUAACUUGGCUGAUAUAAAUUCUAGUAAUCGGUGGUUCAAAUGGAGGGAUGCUAAGUGGCCGUGGUCGUGAACAUGGAUAAUGAGCUUUUGUUGUCUAUGUAUAAUUCAUUAAUUUGCAUUGCCUGGAUAUCUUUUGAAUACUUCAAUUUCCAACGGUUUCCUAUUGUUCCUUGUGCUGCUACGCUGGUGAAUGAAAUUUGGUGCGUUGAUGAACACGAUUAUGAUGUAACAAUGUUGAUGAUGAAGAUGAUAAUUCUGUUGAUUAAAAUUUGAGAAGUAGGGUGGUGUUUAUGUUGCUGUAAUCUGAUGGAAACGGCAAGAAACAUCCUACUUGGGUGUGAACAUUAGCAGCAAAUAUCAUCAACAAGGUCCUUCUUUGGACAUUCCACAUUUCA